AUGUUUUAUGUUAUAAGUGUAUUUCUUGUUCCCGUAUCGAUUGCAGGUGUGUACAAGUAUGUCACUGGAGAAGAAGACAACAAUUCACAUCAGGAGGGACCAUUCAUGAAAGCUAAUGCAAGGGAAGCAGAGCAAGGUAAUUUUUCAGAUAUCCUCGAGAUCCUAGGCUUAGACAAAUAUUAUCCAUCUAAGAUUUCCCUUUUGGAUGCCAUGGUCAUUAAAAAGUUUAAUGGGCACCCUAAGCUUGUUGAUCUUCCAUGGUUGGUUAUACAUAAACUCCUUAUGACUGAUUUUCAUGCAAGAGACCAGCUUUUAUCAGAUGUGAGCAAAUCAUCAAGAGAAGAGAGACCUGAUAAUUCGGAUAUCAGUGAAGUCGAGGCAUUUCUUGCAGUGCAAAGCACAGGUGUUCGUGAAGACAAUGCAACACAUCUUAACCCUUUGGACGUUCUGGUGGCAAUAUUUACAUGUUGUGACAGUUUCCUGAAACAAACACUUGCUCACCAAAUGUUUAUUUGUAAACUUGCAAUCCCUUUUCUGUACCCUGUUGGACCAGAAGGCAAUAUUUGGAUGUCAGUAUGGGCACUCAGAACGAUAAUUCUACAGCGCCAUACCAAACUCGAGGAAGCUGUGGAGACGACAGUGACGGGAAAUUCUUUCCCUUUGGUGACUUUCCUUAGAUUGGGUAGGCCACCACUGUCCAAAUCCAAGCUGGUAAACGAUAUUCUUAGAGAUGACAGCCAUGACACAUUCUUCCACAAAGAUUGCAUCAAUGGUACCAUACCCAGAAGGAUGACGGAUGGUCUUGUGGAAUGUUCCUGGUUCAUUAAAGUCGGUGCAAAGAAUGAUCACCUACCAGGCACAACAAUGAUCCUAAAUUUGAGAGGCGAUGCUUCAUUAAUGAAAAAACAGAUGCAGAUUUUGCGGGAAAUAUCAUCCGUGAUAUUUGUUACAGCCAGUGCUAAAGACCUGACAAUAGCUCAAAACACCAUGACAUUUCAACGGAUUUUGAAAAGUAGUGCGAAAGUCAUCCUUCUUUUGAUCAGUGGAAAAAACAAACAGAUUACACAGGAUCUACAAGCCUGUCAUGAAAUAGUUCCGAAAGGGGUCCCUAUAAUUUUAUCCAGCACCCUCCAAGGUACUUUGAAAAAUGCCAGUGACCUCAAGACUGAAGCUCGAGAAAAGCUGUCGGAGGCUAUCGCUGGAUGUAAUGCAAGUUUAAUGGUAGAAGAGUGUGCUCUACGUGCAAAGAAAAUGGGGAUCAUCAUAGAUGAGCAUGAUGAUGAGGCAUGUCUUAAAGGUAAGGCCUUGGCAGAAGAGGUUGUCAGCCACAUGGAAGGUAAACAUAUCUUUGAUUGUAAAUCUCUCCUACUUCCGGUGCAAUGUGCUGAAUGGACUGAAUACUGCGAAGUGCUAAAGAAUCAGCACAGAAUUAGAGGACAGGUCACACAGUCGACAUCAGCAUAUCACUACGAAGAAGUAAAACGGACAUUGGGCCUUCUCCGUGAACAGCAGGUAGAAAUAUACCAAAGUAGAUUAACACCUUUCAUCAAAACCUUCAUGUCAAAUCUGCGAAAUAAUCCAGAUGUUGCAAUGUAUUUCCUGAGUUGGAUAGAUCUGUUGUUGAAUGAAGUAUCGAGAACCAACUUACCAGGACUACGCAGACAGUACCACACAGCUUUGAAAGAAUUUAGGGGUGCCAAGAAGAAACAGGAGAGGGCAAACUUGCCGCAAUUGAAAGCACAAGUGGAUGAUGCCGAGGGUCAUCUUGCAAGAGCAUCAUUUGGACUAGAAAAUCUUUUCAGAGAAAUUGGUCAAAUUUACGAAGCGGUGAAGGGGAGCAGGAAAGUAGGACAAGACACAAAGGCAGAUGUAGAAAUUCUACCAGAAAUAGCUGCCAAAUUGCUGUUGAAGGGCAGACCCUUGGAAUUGGUUGAUGGAGACACAUCGACUGUCCCUAUAACAUGGGUUACCGCAGUGCUAAGUAAACUUGGAAACAUUAUCGGGGAAAAAAGACUCUUUGUUCUCUCGGUCUUGGGCAUCCAGAGCUCUGGGAAAUCUACACUUCUGAACACUAUGUUUGGAUUGCAGUUCGCAGUAAGUGCAGGUAGAUGCACGAGGGGAGCAUACAUGCAAAUCAUCCCUGUAGAGGGGAACGCUGAUCUGCCUUUUGAUUAUGUUGUUGUUAUAGAUACAGAGGGGCUUCGGGCACCAGAACUACAACAACUUAUGUACGAGCAUGAUAAUGAGCUGGUAACUUUCGUAAUUGGUCUGGGAGAUGUGACCAUGAUUAAUAUCAAAGGAGAAAACACAGCCGAAAUUAAAUACAUUCUUCAAAUUGCAAUGCAUGCGUUCUUAAGGAUGAAUCUUGUCAGUAAACGAGUACAAGAUCACAGAACUUGCAUAUUUGUUCAUCAGAAUGUCCCAUCACCUAAUGCAGAAGAACUUAUGAUACAUGGACAUCAUAAAUUAGAGGAGAGUUUGAAUGAAAUGACCAAGGAAGCAGCCCUCAGUGAGAACAUAGCAAAUAUUCAUAGCUUCUCACAGAUGAUCAAUUUUGGCGUCAAAACUCAUGUCUGGUACUUCCCUGAUCUGUGGCAUGGCAAUCCACCAAUGGCCCCUGCAAAUCCUGGUUACAGUGAAAAGGUAGAUGCGCUCAGGUUAAACCUUUUCGAGGAGAUUGCAAAGAGGCAGACAACAUUUCUGACUUCUUCAGAUCUGUCGAUUCGCCUUGCAGAUCUAUGGAAUGGCGUGCUUGCUGAUGAUUUCGUCUUUAGCUUUUGCAACAGUCUUGAGGUGAAAGCCUACAACAGUUUGCAAUCCAAAUACUACACUUUGGAAUGGGAUUUGCAAAACUCAAUGAAAUCAUGGCUACACUUUGCAGGGUUAAAGUUAGAGAUAUGUGAAUCUAUCGAUGACCUAGAAAGCUCCUUCCUGUCGCUCACGGUCGAACUCUCUAAAGUUCUGACCAAAAAAGCUGAAAAAACCAAAUAUUAUUUGAAGGAAUACUUUAAUAUUUGCAACUUGCGGGACAUAACUAUCCAAUGGCAGCAGUUCAAGCUGAACCAACUGAACUUUGCAGUUGAGCAACAACAAAAUGAGGGCGAGGUGGAUCUGCGUUCAAUCAAAGAAGCACGCCGAGUGGAGAUAAUGCAUACUCAGAAGUGGUCAAAGCAUGAGGCGUAUAUCAUGAACAGAGCAGUGAAACUGGCAGAAGAAAUGAAAGGUAAAGAAGUGACUGAUCCCGAACAGGAAAAAAAGUUUGAUACCAUGUGGUUGUCAAUGGUAAACGAACUUGCCCCAAAUACCGAGGACAAGGAGCUGCAAAUGGAUUUAGUGAUGGAGGGGAUUCUUUUCCAAAGAUUUCAUGCACAUGGAGCUUUACUUAGAGAAGAGCUGAAGCGCCAUUCUUUGAAUAUUCCACUUGAGCAGACAUCUUUAGAAAGCAGUAUCACUCUAGAUGAUGUUAGACAGGAACAUGUCACUUUGAAAACAUCCUUGUUGAAAAAUAUCGAAAACCUGGCUGAUGAAAGGAACCGAGAACUAGAGGCUGCAAGACAGAUGACAUUGGUGAUGACAAGAAGUAUCCUGGAGGAGAUUGAUAUUUAUUUAAAAAACAUUUCUAAUCAGGACAUGAAAUUCCGGAAAACGCAUGCCGCAUAUGUCGUAAAAAUACUCGUGGAGAAAAUUGAAACUUUCAAUCAGAAUGCAUAUGUUUCCAAUGACUACAAUUUCACGAUUAUUCCUGGAUAUGCCGUUAAAUUAGCAGUUCAUGUAAGUCGUCACUGUGUCCAGGUUUUCAGCUCGAUGCAAUUAAAGUAUAACAACAAACAUGGUGUGAAGGCCAAGCUACAAGUCUACAAGAAUACCGCCCGGAGUCUUUUCAAGAACAAAGUCAAGCAGAGCAAUGAAGAGGUCCUUGCAGGCGACCUCUUAUGCACACAUUUGAAGGGAGUUGUUCAAAAGGCAGUAAAGAAGGCAAUUCCAAGAAAAUGCAUUGAUGAAGUUCUCAGAGACUUUCAGAUGACCAAAUACUACCUGCUCGUAAAAAUGUUGGAAGACCUAGCUGAUAACGAAAGUUUCAGGGAAUAUAAAGCUUACUUCAAUGACGGCAAAUGGUUUGCUUUGACAUGGAUUACUAGGUACACAAAUAAGAAGAUGUUUUCGAGACAAGGUGUUAAUGGCAUGUCCAGGUAUGCGGAAAUAGCCAACAGUCAUAUUGCAAGGAUCAUACGAUGUAUUACCCAAAGUGUUGAGAAUGCUACUGCUGAUGUCGAGGGACAAAGAGACAGGAGGAUGGAACGGUGGAUUGAAAAGUUCUGUCAGAGUGCAUCGGAGGAGAUAGUAGUGCCAGUCAGUACCCUGACAUUUGUUAGUGAUCGAUUAGUGGUGAAUUUCGACAAUCUGACAAGGAUUGUCCUAAACCAGCUGGGUCAAAUCCAAGUUAGUCUUCAAGAUACCUUUGCCAUUGAAACCGAAAACUCUGUUGACUGGGAUGGGAAACCUCCAUCACUGCUAAUUAUUGACAAGAUCUGGGGAUGUCCUGAACAAUGCCCAUUCUGUCACUCGCCUUGUGUAGACAACACACCUAGACAUUUUUCAUUAUAUGGGAGGAGGCACACAUGUGUUCAGCACAGACCAAGGGGACUUCUUGGAGUACGUAUUUUUGCUGGGGUGAAAACCGGCAAAAACCAGCUGCUUAAUCAGACCUGUAACUAUAUCAUACAGGGGAAGGACAUGGAGUUCGGCUGUGACGCUUGUGACUUCAAGUGUCGAGAUUCCGGCAAGUGUUCAGCUACUGGCAUGAAUAUCGUCUACCACAAAUAUCCAGAAUACAAGACUUACCUUCCGGAAUGGGACAUAGCUCCUGAUUCCACCAACAGUAUGUCCAAAUAUUGGAUGUGGGUUAUGGCAAACUACAAAUUGUACAGUGAUUCAUUCGCUGACGUACCUCCUUCGUGGAGGUCAAUAACAAAGAAGGAAGCCCUAGCUGACCUAAAAACAAUCCAUCAUUAG